GACCAGAUGUGCCUAAUGAAGUGUCCGCUGAGUGUCUCGCUGGCCUCCUACUGGCCAGCUGCAUUUCUUAUUUCCUCGCUCUCUGUGGUCACGUAACCACACAUGUUUACUGUGUCCAAGUGUUAUUAAAACACUCAUUUUGCAAUAGAUAUAAAUACUGUGGUAUCGUUUGCUGUGGGUGGUGUUAAUAUGUAUUAUCAGAGCGGCAUGUUUAGAAGUCCGUACAAAACAAAGUCCAAAAGUGGGCGUUGACCUUUUUUUUUUUUUUUUUUUUAAACAACAGCUUGCAACACGAAUGUGGGAUGAAGGUGUAUGCGAGUUGCAUAGUCAGCUGACCUGAUAUCUGCCGCAGGACUCGAAUCUCUUGGAGCGCAGCAAGCAUGGAGUUUGUGUUGCUUUUGGGCGCAACUGUGCUUUUGCUGUGUCUGUACCUGUUCAAGUGUCGCAGCAACUUGACAGCGCCUUUACCUCCAGGGCCUCCUCGUCUUCCUCUCGUUGGAAACCUGCACCAACUGGACAAGAAAGCGCCUUUUAAAACCUUCCUCGAGCUGAGUAAGCACUACGGACCCGUCUUGACUGUGAAUUUGGGCUGGCGCAGAGCCGUUGUCCUGGUCGGUCUCAACACCGUCAAGGAAGCACUUGUGGACCAAGCAGACGAAUUCACCGGAAGAGGACCGUUUCCGUUCCUGGUCCGGGCCUCCAAAGGCUAUGGUUUGGCCGUCAGCAAUGGCGAGCGCUUUCGCCAGUUGCGUCGCUUCACCCUGACAACCCUGCGGGAUUUUGGGAUGGGCCGCAAGGGGAUGGAGGAGUGGAUCCAGGAGGAGAGCAAACAUCUGGUGGCUCGUUUCGACGCCACCAAAGCCAUGCCCUUCGACCCGAGCUACUUCUUGAGCUGCAGCGUGUCCAACGUGAUCUGCUGCCUGGUGUUUGGUCAACGCUUUGCCUACGACGACAAGCACUUCCUGCACCUCCUGCAGAUCAUCUCUGAGACCACCAGAUUCGCCAGCAGUCCCUUCGGGCAGCUGUACAACGUCUUCCCUCGGUUGAUGGAGUGGCUACCUGGAAAGCACCAGAAAAUCUUUGCCUGGAUGGAAGAGCUGAGAGCUUUUACCAUGGAGAAGAUUGAGGAGCACCGGAACACACUGAGCCCGGGGUGUCCUAGAGAUUACAUCGACUGCUUCCUGACCAGACUCGAUCAGGAGAAACACAUCUCCACCACCGAGUUCCACUACAACAACUUGGUGUCCACUGUGCUGAAUCUGUACUUGGCAGGAACAGAAACCACCAGCUCCACCCUCCGAUUCGCCCUCAGUGUGCUCAUCAAAUAUCCGAAAGUCCAAGAGAGCAUGCAGCAGGAGAUUGACGCUGUGAUCGGACGGCGUUGUCCCAACAUGGAAGAUAGGAAGUCCCUCCCCUUCAGUGACGCCGUUCUCCACGAAGUCCAGCGUUUGAUGGACAUCGUGCCAAUGAGCCUCCCUCACUACGCCUUUCGGGACAUCUCCUUCAGGGGAUACAUCAUUCCGAAGGACACACUCAUCAUCCCCUUGUUACACUCGGUGCUCAAGGAGGAGAAGCAGUGGGCCACACCGUGGAGUUUCAACCCUCAACACUUCCUGGACCACAAUGGCAACUUCAAGAAUAAUCCGGCGUUUCUUCCAUUCUCCGCAGGGAAAAGGGCCUGCGUCGGGGAAUCGUUGGCUCGCAUGGAGAUUUUCCUCUUCGUGGUGUCCCUCCUGCAGAACUUUGUCUUUUCUCACACCGGGGGACCGGACAGCGUGGACUUGAGUCCCGAGUACAGCAGCUUUGCUAAUGUGCCGCGCACGUACAAGAUUGUUGCAACGCCUCGCUCUUGAUUAUUCAGUGAGCAACACUUUGAGCGAGAGUUCUGUCUGCUCAAUAAAUCUUAAUCUCAAAAUGACACGGCCUCUAUUUCAUGUGACAUGAUGAAACGCCACGAUCAGAACAACACAAAGCUUAUCUUCCAAGCUAAAAACUUGCUUUAAUUAGUAUAACAAUAGUUAAACAGUAUAAACAGUUAAAACCAUAGAUAAACGUGAAUACAACAGAUUAAUGUUUGUUUUUUUACAUGACCUUUACAAUUUUAAAAAUGUGAUGAUAAACAAUUCAUAUAAAUGAACACAUUUUAAAGCAUUCUUUUGCUGAGAUGAUUGGUCAACUUGAUGUCACUGUGAAAUGUUUGUAGCAAUCUAUGUAAUGGCACGCAACGGCAAUAAGCAACAGCUAAUCCUGCCGUUACGAAAAUUCAUGCCACAACUUCAUUUUCCCUACUCCUGUCAUGUCUAAUAUUACAGUGUACAGGAAUGUCACGCUUUCUUGUCACCAAAACACAUUAGAAUAAAAUGCGGUAUCAAUCUGUCA